AUGACCUCCACCGAUGUCUCCUCCCAUCCCAGCUUCCCUCACAAGGAAUUCACCAAAAUCAUCGGAAAACCAACAGUCGAAGCCAUCACCACACUCCGCCAAGAAAUGUUCGCCAACGCGAUGUCCGUACCCUCCACCUCUGGCGGCGGCGCUCAUGGACUACUUGGAGCAGUCACCACGGCGCCCGACUACCUAACCUACAGCAACCAACCUAUCGCCUUCAACUCCCCAAUCCAUCCAGGCGAUCCACCGGUCCCAACCAAUGAAACUGCAGUCCAAAUCACCAACAACAACCGAGCCUACGAAAAUAACCUCCGCACCUAUACCACCUACAUCACAUUGGUCAAUAGUUUAAAACAACUACUAAUCGGAGCCGUUGACGACAUCUACAUUGCAUCGCUCAAGGAUCAACACAUGGGCUAUGCCAACAUUUCCACCUUGACCAUGUUCACACACCUCCAGACCAAAUACGGCACCAUGAAACCCGCCGAAUUGGAAGCCAACCGUGAUCGCCUCAAGGAGAAAUGGAAUCCGGACCAACCUAUUGAACACUUCUUCAACAAAGUCACUCAAGUCCGUGCCAUUGCCACCAGAAAUGGAUCUGCCAUCUCUGACGACGCGACUGUCACAUUGUGCCGCAGUGCAUUCGAAGGAGCUGGAGUCUACGGACAGGCCAUCUUAACCUGGGACACCAAAGCACUCACCGACCGCACUUGGACCAACUUCGAACCCCACUUCCUCCUCUACGAAGAAGCGCGCCUUGAAGGUCUCAAAACUGCAAAGCAAGCUGGCUUCCAUGGCGCCAACCAUGUACUCUACACAGCCACUGGCACCCCUGUCCUGACGCCACAUACCAACCCAGCCAACAACGAGAAUACCCCACCACCCCUAUGCCACCGUUGCAACAAUGCUAAUGCCACACCACCGUCCCAACAACAAAAAGCAAAGCCCGAAUUCUUAUAUUGCUGGACCCAUGGUCUCACAAAAGGCAAAGCCAACCACACCAGCAAGAAUUGCACUGAACCAACAGAAGGCCAUAUGAAGCAAGCCACCAUAUACCGCCGAUACGGCGGCAGCACCUCAUUCGAUACACUCACCAACCGUACCAACCGCUACCAACAAAGCACCAACGACGGCGAGACUCGACCCGCUUCCACUUGA